AUGAGGCUGGAUAGACCAGGACAGCUUCUGCCACCGGUGGUCAUUGCUGGCUGCCGCUGCACCACAGCUCUGCCUCAGGGAUGCAGGGCUCAUUUACAUGGUGGCAGCCUUCCAAGAGAACAAGGGCAGAAGCUGCAAGGUCAAGGCUUACAAGUCACAUAUCAUCACUUCUGCCUCAUUCUGUUGCUCAGGGUGAGUCACAAGGCCAUCCCAGACCAGGGGACAGGGAAUCAGAUAAUACCCUUCGAUGAGAGUUGUUGCAAUUUGUACGUCUUAUCUAUCAUUCUCUCCUCAGAGAAAUGCUUCUACACUAAUAUGCAUGAGAUAGUUUACUUUCAGGGGAUCCACAGACCCUUGCAAUCCAUGUUAAGAGUCUUUAUUCUAACCAUUGGCCUAUUUAAACAAGGAAAUUAA